AUGGAGAGCGGUGGAGGCGGAGGCCUCUCCUUCUCCGCGGCGCCCGCCUUCCUCAUCGCCUCCUCCGACGAACCCACCUCCUCCUUCCGCCGCCUCCCCUUCUCCCAUGACGACACCCCCUCUGCUGGCCGCCGCCGCCACCUCUCCUCCUCCCAUGACGACACUCCCAUGACUCCAGCCGCCGCUUCUCCGGCACCGGCGCCCCGCACCCCUCCCCCCUCCGCCCUCCUCGCCUCUGACCCUGCUGAGGCCGCGUCGCCACCUUCUUCUCCAUUAGGGCACGGCGACGUCGAAACGCAGGAGCAGCACCCACCCUGCAGGAGCACCUCCCCCGCCGCCGCCGCCGCCGAAGAGGCCGCUGCGGCAACGCGGCGCAUGAGCGCGGCCACUGCCCCAGCCGCAAUCGCGCGUGCGCGGUUCUCCUUCGCCAGGCACAGCGCGAACAGCCCCCGCACCGUGCUCAACCUGGGCCGGUUGAUGGCCGCGCUCGAGGGCACUGAGGCCGCUUACUGCACCACCUCCGGCAUGUUCGCCAUCGUCGCCGUCCUGCUCCAGCUCGUUGGCGCCGGUGGCCACGUCGUCGCCUCCAAGUGCCUCUACGGUGGCACCCACACCCUCCUUUCCCUCUUCCUCCCCUGCGCCUGCGGCAUCCGCGCCACCUUCGUCAACGCCGACGACACCCACGCCGGGUUGAAGCUGGUGGUGGACAACACCUUCAUGCCCAUGGUGGUCUCCCCCGCGCGACUCGGCGCCGACGUCGUCGUACAGAGCGUCUCCAAGUUCAUCAGCGGCGGCGCCGACAUCAUCGCCGGUAACUAA